CAUGCGGCUUGGGUGGGGGAGGGGUGUUGGGAGCACCACGAAACGGCCGGGAAACGCGAAUACCAUUCUGUUGGUUAUUAUCCAUCUCUCGCCUGAUUCCCUAAUCGCAUGGCGAAAGGACACGAUGGAAGGUGGCUCACUGGGUAGGGCCGCCAGCGUACAUUGGUAUAUAUAUCUUGUUGGUUUUUUUUUUUUUUGUCAAGUACACACAACAACACACACCAUCACAUUGACAGAUCGUCAUGUACAAUCCUGUUGGAAGGAAAGGUCGGCGGGGGGAGGGUCAUAUGAAUGGGUCGAGACUGGAAAUUUGCGGUUCCCCAGUUUCUUGGGCUAGCUCUUGUCUCUGUACAGGGUUGCUGCAUUUUCUAUUCAGAGGAAAGAAACACACCCCAAAAAAAAGGCGAGGCGAAAGUGAAGGGGGAGAGAGUCUGCCCGAAUCUAGUUGGAUUUAGAAAAUGCAAUGACAAUACAACGUUGCCUUUUCCGUCACCCCGCCUGGCUGGUCUUGCCUUUCACAUGCAUGCCCCCUUUCCCAUCGUGAGUAGGUACAGUACCUGCAAGUUUCUCGAAGCCGUUUCCUCCCUUCCUUUUUCCCCUCUUCUUUCCUUCGUCCCCCCUUCUGCAGAUUGCUCAGGACAAGGGUGCCAACGACCUCUUGACUGCAUGAUCCAUCCAACACGUGGUUGGUAGCUUGACCUCCUUCGAACUCGUCCCCCCUCCCUCAAC